AUGAUGAUAAUUGGAGAUCUGAAUGCUCAGAUCGGCACGGAUAGAAAUGGAUAUGAGGAGGUGAUGGAUCCUUUUGGAUAUGGAAGACGAAAUGUUGAGGGUGAAGAAGUUCUGAAUCUGUGCAUAAGGAAUCAUCUUUUAGUGGAGAAUACAUUCUUCAAGAAACAAGAUAGCCAUAAGAUUACUAGAUAUGGCUGGGAUGAGAAAUCUAAGACAGUUAUAGACUAUAUAUUAACAGGCAAAAUAAUUGGAGGAAAAGUAAGGGACACUAAAGUCAUACCAAGUGAGCACUUGGAUAGCAACCACAAGUUACUAGUAGCUGAUCUAAAUUAUAGGAUGAAAACUUUGAAUGCUGUACAAAGAAUGCCAAAAAUUGAGGAGCGGAGGUUGAAAGAAGAAGAAAAUACAAAAAGUUUCCAAAACCUAGUAGCACAAAAAUUGCUAAAAGUGCUGGUACCUAAAGAUGAACAUAAGGUGACAACACUGGAGAAGGAUUACCGACAAAAGAAACUCCAAGCAAAGAGAAUUGUGAAAGAAGAAAAGGAGAAGAGUUGGGAAACAUUCACCCAGAAACUAGAGCAGGAUAGCAAAGGGAACCAAAAACUGGUGUAUGGGUUAUUGAAAAGUAAAAGAUCUGAUAGAGAAGACAUAAAAGCGAUUGAAACGGAAUACGGGGAUAUCAGGGACAUGGAAAGUAUCAGAGAACAGAUGAAGAAUUAUUUUGAAAUCUUACUGAAUGGGGAAGGUGGACAAGAAAGUGACACUGAAGUCAUUUAA